AUGUCGACAAGCACGCCGGAACUCCGGGGCAGCCCAGCCGUGCUUGCAGAGAAUUUGUACUUGUUUGUCCGGGCCCCCCCAGCCCGCUUCGCUCGCAGUUAUGGUGAGGCUAUAUGUGUUCCUCCUUCCAUCACUGCCUUCAACCUUCCCCUUGACAUGAGCACUAACGAAUUGUGCCGCCCACAUCCUCGAUAUCGACUCCGGACUGGCAUCUCCUGGUCGCAACAGCUCGUCAAAUCCUUACUCCGUAUCUUCCCUAAAGUGCUGAAACCCUCUCUCUUCGAAAUACUCAUUAAAACGAGCUCGCUCUUCGGCAAAAGUCCGUAUCAUAAUAUCUUCCGCCUUCCCUUCAAUCUGGUGUUAAAGACCUCGAAUCAUUUGGUGGAGGCCGAUGCGUUACGCUUCGUUGGGUCGCUUAGGGGUAUCAAUGCUCCUGCAUUGAUUGACUCUUUUUCUGCUCCUCAAAAGACGUACAUUCUCUCGACUUGGGUCGAGGGCGACUGCUGCGCUGAUGUUUGGGAAAGGCUUACACCUCUCGACAAGGAGAAAAUUGUAGAGGAUAUGCGAUCACAGUACAGCGCUUUGCAGCAACAGACUUCCACACGUCAUCGUACCAUAUGCAAUGCUUCCGGAGGUGCAAUCCAAGAUCCUCGUGUUCCAUGGAUUGACGAUAAUCCCCGUACUUUUCCGUCUUACCGAGAGUUUAUGGAGCAGGUUUGGCUCGGUCUGAACUUUCGAAAUAACCACACUCUUGCCCAAUCCAUUGCGCGCCUCAUUGAACGCGACAAUGUCCCUAUAGUGUUCUCUCAUGGUGACGCUUUGCCGAAGAACCUGAUAUUACCCGGAGGCUUGGACCUGUGGCGGCGCGAGCGACCUCCUUUGUACAUCAUCGACUGGGAGUAUGCCGGUUGGAUGCCAUUACCAUGGGAAGCUUUGAAGGCGACGUGGCUGGUUUUCGAUAAGGAAGAGGACUGUUAUAAGAUGAUGGUGGAGGUCUUCCCAGAUUCGCGCGAGGAGCUGGCAGCAGAUUGGGAAUGGCGAACUAGGUCAGGAAUCCCUAUUGUUUAG